AUGCUGACUCUGACAACUCUUGUGGCCUUGGUGGCGGCGGUAGCCCCAUGGACUCAGGCGGCGGCGAGCCCUGGGCGCGACCGCAGCAGCCUCAACGCGGGAUGGAAGUUCUCGCGCUUCACUUCCAACCCCGACUCGUUGUCCUACAACACACUCAAGCCGUGGAUUCUGCCACUGGCUAACGACUUCAUAGUCAACGGCGUCAAGCGCCAGACUCCCACCGGGACGCCUCCCGGCGGGAACGUCCAGUACGUCCAGGCGUCCUUCAACGACGCCGGGUGGCAGAGCGUCGAUCUGCCCCACGACUGGGCCAUUGCGGGGCCCUUCAACGCGCCCGGCAUCAGCGGCGGCAUGGGCCGGCUGCCCACCAACGGGGUGGGCUGGUACCGGCGGAACCUCAUGGCGACGGCGGCCGACAUGGAUGGGACCAAGUCAGUCUUCCUCGACGUCGACGGGGCCAUGUCCUACGCGGCCGUCUGGCUGAACGGGAACCUGGUCGGCGGCUGGCCGCACGGGUACGCCUCGUGGCGGCUGGACCUGACGCCGCACCUCAAGACCGGGACCAACAUCCUCGCUGUGCGGCUGGACAACCAGUUGGAUAACUCGCGCUGGUAUCCCGGCGCGGGCAUCUACAGGAACCUCUGGCUCGUCAAGGUGGACAAGACGCACGUGGCUCAGUGGGGCACUUUUAUCACGACGCCUUCCGUUUCUGCGAGUUCGGCCGUGGUCAACCUGGCCGUGCAGGUGGAGAAUCUGCGCACCGAGACCAGGCAGGUCGACGUGGACACCCAGGUCUACAAGAUCGACCCGAGCACUGGAGAGGCAGGGACGGCUGCGGUGGCCUCGUUCAAGAAGAGCACAGUGAGCGUCGGCGCCGGCAAAAAGCAGUCGGUCAACGGGUCCGUCACCAUCUCCAAUCCCAGCCUCUGGGGUCCGCCGCCGGGCCAGACGCCGAACAUGUACGUGGCCGUCACCACGCUGUCCUCAAGCGGAGCCGUGAUCGACACCUACACGACCAGGUUCGGCAUCCGCUCGGUGACGUACGACGCGAACAAAGGCCUCCUGAUCAACGGCCAGCAGGUGCGCGUGCAGGGCACCUGCAACCACCACGACCAAGGCGCCAUCGGGGCCGCCAUCAACCUGCGGGCGACGCAACGGCAGCUGCAGACGCUGCAGGAGAUGGGCUCCAACGCGCUGCGGACCUCGCACAACCCGCCCGCCCCGGAGGUCCUCGACCUGGCCGACAGCAUGGGCUUUAUGGUGCUGGACGAGGCCUUCGACUGCUGGUCACAGGGCAAAACGAGCAACGAUUACCACCUCCUUUAUGCGGACUGGCACGAGCCGGACCUGCGCGCCUUCGUGCGGCGCGACCGGAACCACCCUUCAGUUAUCGCAUGGAGCAUCGGCAACGAGAUACCGGAGCAGUCGACCGCGCUGGGCGGCACCGAGGGAAGGGAGCUGGUGGGAAUCGUCAAGUCGGAGGACCCGACCCGCGGCGUCACCUCGGCCAUGAACUCGGCCCCGGACACGGCGGCGCUCCCCGCCGCGCUCGACCUCGUGGGGCUCAACUACCAGGGCGAGUACGGCGGCUACGGCGGCUUCCACAGCAAGUUCCCCUCCAAGAUGGUCUGGGGCACCGAGACGGCGUCGUGCAUCAGCAGCCGGGGCACGCACCUGUUCCCCGUGACGAGUAGCAACAACGCCAAGUUCGACGUCGCGGGAGGGUCGGACGCCGCCCGCAUGUGGCUGAGCGCCUACGAGUUCGGUAACCCCGGGUGGGGAGGCAGCGCGGACACAGUCUUCGAAGCCCAGGACAGGUUCCCCUUCGUGGCGGGCGAGUUCGUCUGGACCGGGUUCGACUACCUCGGCGAGCCGACCCCCUACGGCGGCAACGGCGGCGCUCGCAGCUCCUACUUUGGCAUCGUGGACCUUGCCGGGUUUAAAAAGGACCGCUUCUACAUCUACCAGGCCCGCUGGAGGCCCGACCUGCCCAUGGUGCACAUCCUGCCGCACUGGACCUGGCCCGACCGCGUCGGGCAGACCACUCCCGUGCACGUCUUCAGCUCGGCGGACGAGGUCGAGCUGUUCGUCAACGGGGCCUCGGCGGGGCGGAAGAAGCGCCCGGGCAAGUCCGUCUACCGCUUCCGUUGGGACGACGUCAAGUACGGCCCCGGCGACCUGCGGGCCGUGGCGUACAAGGGAGGGAAGCAGUGGGCCGUCGACACGCAGCUGACGGCGGGGAACGCCGCCGGCCUCAAGGUUACGGUCGACCGCGCGGCCAUCGCCGGCGACGGGGCGGACCUGGCCUACGUCAGCGUGGCGGUCGUGGACGCCAAGGGGACGGUGGUGCCGCGCGCAAACAACGCCAUCACCUUCGCCGUCAGCGGGCCGGGGAAGCUGGUGGCCACGGACAACGGUGACCCGACCGACAUGACGGCCUUCCCCAGCGCGAGCCGCAAGGCCUUCUCGGGGUUGGCGCUGGCCAUUGUCAAGGCGAAUGCGGCGGCGACCGGGCCCAUUACAGUUACGGCAUCGGCGGCUGGGCUCACUGGGGGACAGGUGGUUAUAACAGCGAGCUAA